AUGAAUGUUCUUUCUAGAUUACUGGAUGCUGCAGCCAGAAUUGGUAUUUUCAAAUAUCACCCUAGAUGUAAAAAGAUCUCCCUUACCCAUUUAUGUUUUGCUGAUGAUUUGAUGUUGUUCUGCUAUGGUUCCUUGGAUUCAGUGUUGGGGGUGGUUAGUGUUUUGAAUAAAUUCUAUGAAAUGUCUGGCUUAAUGCUCAAUGUUUCAAAGACUGAGAUCUAUACUUGUGGGGUAAAUAAUGGAGUUUUAGAGCAGAUUAAGAGAGCCACUGGGUUUCGAAUUGGUCAUCUCCCAGUCAAAUAUUUGGGGGUGCCUCUAGUAACUCGUAAGCUCUCUAGAACAGAUUGUUCUGCCCUUAUAGAGAAAAUCAGGGACAAGCUGAGGAAGUGGUCAUGCAGAAAGCUAAGCUUUGGUGGCAGGUUGCAGCUUAUCAAGACAGUUUUGUUUAGUGUUUUUAACUACUGGAGCAGGCAGUUUAUACUGCCAAAGGGUGUGAUUCAGGAUAUUGAACGGUUGUUCAUGCGUUUCUUUUGGAAAGGAAGUGAUUCCUCGGCUAGGGGUGCUAGAAGCAUCUUAGCUGAUGAGGGCUCUUUGUGGAUAGCAUGUAUCAAAGCUUAUUGCUUCAAACAUAAGAAUUACUGGAGUGUUGAUCAUAAGCCUCAUUUCAGUUGGAUUCUCAGAAAACUAAUUAAGUUGCGAGAGGAGGCUAGUGUUCUUUUUGCUGCUCCUGUGGACUGGUCUCAGAUUACAGGUGGGUGGAUAUGGGAUAGAAUUCGGGACAGAGGUGAAAAGGUUGAUUGGCAUCGGCUUGUUUGGUUUCCCUCACAUGUUCCUAAGUUCUCGUUGAUCGCGUGGAUGGCUAUCCUUGACAGGCUGCCCACUAAGGACAGGCUAGUUCGGUUUGGAGUGAUGGCAGAACCUGGUUGUAGGUUGUGUAUGAGUGGGCUUGAAUCCAGGAAUCAUCUGUUCUGGGAUUGUGCUUAUUCGAGUGCUAUCUCGAACUCUCUCUUGCUUGCUUGUGGGUUGCAGUUACAUGGAUCUAGUUGGGAGGAUCACCUUGGUUGGAUGAUUAAUAACUGGAAAUGUAAGUCCCUGCUGAUUCAUGUUCUAAAAUUAGCAUGGACUGGAUUCGUUUACUUUACUUGGGAGGAGCGGAAUCAUCGUAUCUUUAGAGGUUUAUCGCGUUCGACGGACCGAAUGAAGGGUCCAAUUCCAGAGUCCAACAGGCCCAACCGGGUAGCCUGA